AUCUUCCUGUUGCAUUUGUUUUUAGAUGCCUCACCAAUUCUGCCAGAAAAGCAAGCCAAACAGAUUCUGCGAACAAAGCGCUCGGAAAGAGAACGGAAAGCUGGACACCCUGAUGAACCAAUGAGGGAGUAUAUGCUGUAUCUCCAGCGUCUGGAGCAGAGAUCAGAGGAACAAUUCUAUGAGCAUUGGUGGAAUCCACACUGCCAGCCUCACUGCAAUCGUAACAUUGUCCAUCCUGUUUAA